UGCAGCCUGUACGAUGCGAGUAACCUACGAGAGUUGUUUGCAAAAUAUCUGCACUCUGUGUUAUAGUUAACAUUGGGGCCUCUUCACUUAACUCAUCAUGGGGCAUUUUCACGGCAUUACAGUGCUCGCCGUUCUGGCAGCACUGCUCGGAAUUGCCCUCGGUCAAGGAAUUUUCGGCGGUGGUGGCGGUAGCGGUGGACUUCCACCCAGCAGGCCUGGGCGACCGCAGAGCAUCACCGGAAUCAUCAACCUCUUGCGUUACCAGAACCAGCCGUGUGAAGGGCGCAACAACCAAAAUGGCACCUGCGUUAGCGAGCAGGACUGCCUGGACAGGAAGGGAACCGAAGUAAACCGAUGUGCCAACGGAUUUGGUGUUUGCUGUUAUGUCAGUUUCACCUGCGGAAAAUCGACGAGUGACAACGAAACAGAAUUUGUGAAUCCGAACUAUCCCAAUGGGGAGAAUGGAACAGACACUUGUCAAGUGACGAUCGAAAAGCAGAACAACGUCUGCCAACUCCGCUUGGACUUCCUCGAGUUCAGCCUGGCCCAGCCGGAUGAGAACGGGCAGUGCAUCACUGAUUCCUUCAUGGUCAGAACCACCGUUGGGGAGCGCCUCCCUAUCCUUUGCGGAGAGAACGCUGGGUUACACUUAUACGUGGACAUGGGAAGAAGUUCUGGUAACCCUGUAGUGCUAAGCGUGGUCAGUAACGGGGACAAAAUGACACGUCGAUGGCGGAUAAAAAUCAGCAUGGUCCAAUGCAACAGUCUGGAUAUAGCUCCUGCUGGAUGUCUGUUAUAUUACCGAAGUCCAAGUGCCAUCGUACGCAGCUUCAAUUACGGUGCCCUGGUGGAUCAUCGUGUCCGUUACCUGAGUAACCUAAGAUACUCUAUAUGCAUACGUAUGGAAGAGAACUUCUGUUCCAUCAAGUGGGAAACGGAAACGAACAACUCGUACUCCUGGGGCAAACCCAUCGACCACGGAGCAAAUGGAACUGAGUGCAAUAUGGAUGACUUUGUUGGAAUAGACCAAGGAUCGCCGCUGGGACUGGGUCCUGGUCAAGACCGUUUCUGUGGCACCAGUCUUGGCGACGAGAAUGUUAUUAUAUCCAACAGCAAGCCGUUCACUUUGAAGGUGAAAAGUAAUCAUGCGUCCAGCGACAACGCUGCCAACAGCCAGUACGGGUUCUCACUGCGCUACACACAACUGCCGUGUGUGGUAUAGGUGCCAAACUUCAGGAAAUCAUCGCAUGUACUAAGAGAAUGUUUUAUGUUCAUCUUCCAUACCAUAUGGAAAGCCGGAUGAGUCGCCCCGGUGAUCGGAGGUGUCACCCGCAGCAGCGCUCGCUCGAUGCACCUGACGUCAUUGCACACUCACUCGCCUUAUUUAUUGUAUUACAUCCAUUUUUGAGUGCUGGCUAUGCCUAUUUCUCUUCGUUAGUGCCACGUUUUCAUGUACGCCAAUCAACAUGCCUGCUGUAUUUUGUUUUGUGCGCAAUUUGUACUUAGUUUUGCUUAUUGCUCCUGGUUUGUUUCUGUGCGUUGCGCAGGAAAACAGCCAGUUUUGUCUGCUUGCUCUGUAGAUCUUGAAAUCGAAAAUAUUUAAAAUGACUAAGAGAUUAAAAGAACUACAGUUGUUAAC